CAACAAUCAAAAAAUCGCUCGGCGGAGAGCAUGUCCCGUCGCGACCACAAUGACCAGGCCAACUAUAGCUACGGCGCAUCGAAGCGCGGCAGAGAAGAUGAUAAUGAACGCGAUGUGAAGCGCAGAAGAGGAGAUAAUGGUGACCCCUUCCGUGGAUGCCGCGGCAUCUUUGCAUGGGAAGACGAGCCGGAUCCGACUUGGAAAGCUGCGGUGGAAUCGCACGGCGGUGGCGUGCCCAAGUUUGCGACCAAGGGCGAAUGCGAAGAGUUCGUCCAGAAGCAUUGCGCGCCAGGAUCGAACCCGGACUUCCGUAACUUGCAGCACAUCUUCACGAUGCUCGUCACAUGGACGCAGAUCGCAAAGAUCUUGAUUCCGGCCAUGGAAAAGGUCGACAAAGAUUAUCCGUUCAAGGCACCCGCCGAUCUGGGAGUCCGCAACGACAACCGCUUCCAUGACACGGACGUCGAGAAGGGUAUCAAAUGGCGCAUGGACCUGCCGUUCCACCGAGAAACGAACCGAGAGUCCACAAUGCACACGCUCAAGUACUUGUUCUUCCACAUGCGUUGCGGUAUCUUGGUGAUGAUCCGAAAUGGGCGCGUCGUGUUGUUUGCGCCAUUUGCGAACAAGGACUACGAGAACAACUGGUCGGAGUUUUUAAAAUUCGACAGCGACGACGGCACGUUUGAAGCGUAUUAUGGGGAGAAACGCAACCACUACCGCCGUGAAAAUAUCAUUCGGGACGUUCGAAAGUGGUGGGCCAACGGCAACAUCAUCUGCAAUGAGCACUGCAAGGACUCGCGCCGCCAUGAAGAGACGCAGUACUGGGGCGACCAGUUCCUGUCCCAGUUGCGAGACAUGUUGGACGACGCGUGCAAGAACCGCAAUAUUCCAGACUGUGAAUUCUUUAUCAACAAGCGCGAUUACCCGCAUUUGAAGAGCAACUUGUCCGAGCCGUACGGGUUUCUCUUUGACCGGGACGACAAGGACCCAUCUCAAGACUUGCCCCUGGAGCAAUUCAAAUACAAUUCGUACGCUCCCAUCAUGAGCUUUUACAUUUCCAAUCGAUUCGCCGACAUUCCAUUUCCGUGCUCGGAAGACUGGGAAGCCGCCACGGGCCUCGUGUUUCCGCCUUCGUUCAUACACACCCAUUGCAACAAGUGUAAUUGCGGCGACGAUCGGUACUGCCGCAACAACUUCGAGUGCUUUUGCGAAGGCGAUCGUAAAUACCACGGCAUUUCGUCGGUGCGUGAUUUGUUUACGGCGUCCAACUUUAAAAAGUUUGACAAAGCAUGGGAAGACAAAGUGGACACGGCGUUCUUCCGAGGCACGGCCACCGGCGGCGGCACGACGAAAGAGUCGAAUCAACGGUUGAAUUUAGCGUAUUUGUCCAAUUUGUGGAAAAAGGAGCCUGAAUUCCACCACAUGGUGCACCCGGUGCCGUACUUGGAUGCGCAAAUCACGGCGUGGAACCUCCGCGACAAAAAGAUCGCGGGACACCCGAUGACAUUUCUGCGGAAAGACAAGUUCAAAGGGCGCGGCGAGUUCACGGCGGGCAAAGAGCACUACAUUCCCAUGUACGAACAGUCUAAGUUCAAGUACAUCUUGUACGUCGAGGGGCACUGCGCCGCCAACCGGUACGCGUUCCUUAUGCGCCUCGGCAGCGUUAUCCUCAAGGUCUCGUCCAAGUGUGUCGCCGACGAAAUGUGGUACGAGUCCCUGAAUAUAGAUAUAUAUAUAUAUGUAGAGAGAGAGAGGGUAUGGUGUUUGAUUGGCGGAGUUUUUUUUAUUUUGUCCAAUCAACGUGUUUCGGCUGCAUCAAAUAUAUAUAUACUGUAUAUAACGCAGCCAAUCGGCACCUAUAUAAAUAUAUGUAGAGAGAGAGUGAGGAUAUGGUGUUUGAUUGGCUGCGUCUUUGUUAUUUCGAGAUGAUUUUGUCCAAUCGGUGUGUUUUCGACUACGUACGAUCCUCGUGUAGUUCAAAAUGAAUGUCUAUAUGUGGGUAUGGUUGAAAGGUACACGCCGCUGCUGGUGCCGAUGGAAGACCACGUGCCGAUCCAGGAAGAUCUGUCCGACUUGGCCGAGAAGAUCGCGUGGUGCCGCGCGCACGACGCCGAGUGCCGGGAGAUGGCGGCGCGGGCCAAGCAAAAGUACGAAGCGUUCGUGUCCAAGGAAGGCAUCUACGACUACAUGGAGCUCAUCACGACCCACGUCGCGCAACGGUACUCGGAGGUGCCGACGCACUGGGACUACGUCCGUCCGGUCGAGCACCACGAGAGGGACCCGCGCAAGCCGUCGCUGCAGUCGGAUCGGGAUCAUUCGUGCGUGGGCAGCAAAAACCCGCGCCUCUGCACGGGAUGCGAAGAGAACAAGGCGCUGCAGGCCUCGAGGAGGCGCAAGAUGGACGAGCAGGACGCCGAGUACCACAGCAAGCGACCCAAGUACCAACCGCAACGCUACAACCAAGCAGCGUCGCGCCCCCCCCCAGAGAGAACGUGCCGCAAAUGCCGUCGAAAGAUAACCGCGUGCAGUUGCAAGAAGGAUGAUUAGAGGUAGUAAGUAGGUGGGGAGUACAUUUGUACUGAACAGUUUAACACGUUGAAAUACUAGAGACAUCAUAUACACUA